CCCCACCCGCUGAUGUUGGAAGGCAAGGUCAUUCGCUAGCAGAGUGCGACAUCUAUCGGCAGCUCGGCCUCAUGACAGCCUGACCUGCCGUGUAUGAAAGAGGCGAUGUUUGCUGGUUGUUGUAGUGUCACAGUUUUCUUGUACUACCCACCCUGCGCGGUGUACAGGGCCACCUAAACUACAACUCCCAGAAACCCUCGCGCUUCCAUGAGCACCGGAUCUAGAAGGAGAAGAAAAUCCUCCCUCUAUGUCUGGAUAUGAUUAUAGAAUGGCUACAGGAGCAGAGAGUGAAACCUCCUCCAAUGCUAAUACACACAGAACAGUGGUAGACAGGCAGAAAUGAAUGAAAAGGUGGAAAAUGGCGAUCAUAAAACUGACCUGGGGAAAGAGAACUACAGUGGACAAAAGAAAUAUAUCUGUACUGAGUGCGGGAAAAGCUUCACCCGGAAGUCGUCUCUUAUUGUCCAUCAGAGAGUCCACACUGGGGAGAAACUCUUCAUGUGUACACAGUGUGGGAAGAGGUUCAGUCUCAAGUCUUCCAUGGUCAGACACCUGAGGAUCCACAUCCCGAAGGCCGGGAACUUCAUAUGUCCAGAUUGUGGCAAAUGCUUCCCUCGCUAUUCCAGCCUUUUCCAGCACCAGAAAGUCCAUAAAGGAGAUGGACACUAUAGAAACUGUGAGUACGGGAAGAGCUUUGUUCAAACAUCAGAACUUGUGGUCCAUCAGAAGAUACAUGGAAGAAAUGCCGUGGAUCAUGUCCCCACCCUCCACAGAGCAGAGGAAGAUAAUGUGUGCAAGAAAGGCUUUAGAAAGAGCAAUUCCCUUAUCAGACACCAGGGGAGACACAACGCCAAGCCUCUGUUGCCCGCUGUCAGCGUUUGUGGACUCCCAAAUGGCAGCUCUAUUGGCCAUAAGUCCGAUUCAGAUACAUCCUCUCGGUUGGUAAGGACUAAUGGUUGUGGUCAGUUAGAAGAUGAAUAUAAUCACACCGAGGGGACUAUGAACAGUAUAGAGAGACGCGUUGUGUGCGCCGAGUGCGGGAAAAGUUUCACCCGGAAGUCUUCCCUUAUUGUCCAUCAGAGAGUCCACACUGGGGAGAAACGCUUUGUGUGUGCGCAGUGCGGGAAGAGGUUCGGCCUCAAGUCUUCUAUGGUCAGACACCUGAGGACUCAUUCUCCAAAAAUCCUAAACAUUUGUCCUGACUGCGGCAAGUGCUUUAAUCGCUACGCAAGCUUAGUUCAGCACCAGAAAGUUCACAGGAGGCAAAAAUCAUUCCAGUGCGAGAAGAGCUUUUGUGGCGCAUCACACCAGAGGAAACGCACAGCCCUAACGACGUUCCUGGAGCCAGACUCUGAUGAUAGAGACCAAUCGACCAACAAUGAGGGCACUACAGAAGAGCCCCACAUGGACCCAUCAUGUGGCGAGAGUUUUCUGGAGCAAGGUAUGUUCCAAGAACACCAAGGUAAAUAUUUUAUUGACGCGGUAGGUGACACAAGAACUUUUUCCAGUGCGUGUGAAACUGGUGCGAGAGGUGAAGAAAGUAGGAAUGCCCAUCAUAAAGACGCAUGCAAUACCUCCCAGCUACAUUUGGUAGAAAAGCAUUCUAUGUAUAUUGGCAAUAAAGCACAAAAGUUGGUCAGGAGUGCUAAGGAACACUUUCUGUGUGCCGAGUGCGGGAAAAGCUUCACCCGGAAGUCGUCUCUUAUUGUCCAUCAGAGAGUCCACACUGGGGAGAAACUCUUCAUAUGUACACAGUGUGGGAAGAGGUUCAGUCUCAAGUCUUCCAUGGUCAGACACCUGAGGAUCCACAUCCCAAAGGCCGGGAACUUCAUAUGUCCAGAUUGUGGCAAAUGCUUCCCUCGCUAUUCCAGCCUUUUCCAGCACCAGAAAGUUCACAGACGAGUGAAACCCUAUGAGUGUUCUCAGUGUGAAAAGAGCUUCCGGCACACAUCGCAGCUUGUAGUGCACCUGAAAACACACAAGGCCCAGACAUUGAAUCUGAAAGCAGAAGACAAAAGAAACAACAAUUGUAUUAAUGGCGGUGCAGGGGAAUCCCAUGUGUGCUGGCAGUGUGGUCAACAGUUCUGGCAGCAGGAUCUGUUAUUGAGACAUCAGAUGGUACAUACAGCUAGUGACACGUCUUCCAACAAUCUGAUGAAUGCAGAAAAUAUUGACUUUCAAGGUUGUGACACCAAAGAUGACUUUUCAGAAGAAAGAAACUGUACACAUCUUAGCAGUUGUAAGACAAGAGAUAAUGGUUCUGGAAAGGCAUCGCAGGGUCUUGUUUUCAGUGGAGUGGAGAGCGCUGAAUGUACAAAAGCCACUAAAUCCAAUCCUGAUGGAAGAUCUAAUAGCAGGGAAAAGCCUUAUCACUGUAUUGAGUGUGGGAAAUACUUCACUCGGAAAUCAUCCCUUAUUGUACAUCAGAGAGUUCAUACAGGAGAGAAACUCUACAUGUGUACAGAGUGCAGGAGGAGCUUUUCCUUCAAGUCCUCUCUGGUCCGACACAUGAGGACCCACACUGGGAAACCCCCUAAUAUUUGCUCUCAAUGUGGCAUUUGUUUAGAUCGAUAUCAAGAUCUGUCAGUGCAUAUGGAAAUCCAUAAUGGUCAACUGCCCCUGAAUCCUGAUGAGGUCUUGAAGAUGGAGCCCGAUGAACAACAGUGGCUAGAAGAUAUACAGCGUUCAUCAGAUGCCGAUAAUACUGUUGCGCCAUUAAUGAAUGAGCUAGAAUCUGCUUUAUUAGACCGAGCUCAGAUGUCACGCGACAACCCGUGUCUAUUACCUGGGGCGCCUGUUAUUAACUGCGUGGCUUCAUCUUGUACCAAUGUAAAGGAGAUAACACAAGACGACUCUCCAAAUAUAAAGGAAGAAGAUCUAGAAAACCCAUGCACUGCUGGUGAGCACCUUGAGAAAUACACCAAUGGAGAAAUGACUGCAUGCCCCUACUCAGCUGGCUGGGGACUUGAAUUUGAUGUUUCUAAAGCAUUAAACAAAGAGAACUCUGAAAUGAUGGAGAACAUUGAAAGUUCUUUAGAGAAGACCACAUUAAAAAAUGCAGCUAAUAGCAGCUUAGGAGUCAGUACAUGGGUUCAUGGAUCAGACGAGGACAGCAGAGCUCAGUCUGGAGGAAAUCGCUUUCUGUGUGCCGAGUGCGGGAAAAGUUUCACCCGGAAGUCUUCUCUUAUUGUCCAUCAGAGAGUCCACACUGGGGAGAAAAGCUUUAUGUGCACAAAGUGUGGGAAGAUGUUUGGCCUCAAAUCUUCUAUGGUCAGACACAUGAGGACUCACUCUUGAGAGAUGUCAACUUGCCCUGAAUAUUGGGAAGCCUUUGGGAAGCAUUCCAUGUUUUUACAGCCCUAGACUUGUCAUAAGGGGACUAAUACAACUUCGUGCCACUUUGUUGAUCCAUUCUAAUGAAUUUUGUUACUCAUGCCAAGAAGCCAAAAAAAAAAGUCUGUAAAACUUUCACAUACUUCUAUCAGGUUUCUCAUGUAUAUGUGUAUUUAAUGUUAAUAUGUCAGAAAAUGUCUUGUUAAUGUG